AAUCAAUAGAAUGAACUGAUAAGAAAGAGAUUCGACAGCCAACUAGUGUUGAGGUAGCAGUCGUUUCAGUUGGGCGCACUCAAGUUUUAUUUAAUCUAUCCACUUAAUUUUUUGAGGGUUGAACCAAUCGACCAAACUGCCUGCGAUGAAGGUAUUCUGCCUCCUAUUCCUAGUGGUCAUAAUCCAAGCGCUACCAAAUCAAAGCCACUGGCAGCAGUUUAAGGUUCAACACCAAAAGAAAUAUCUUACCAUUGACGAAGAGCAAAAGAGAAUGGACAUAUUCCUCAGUCAUCAACGGUACAUAGAGGAACAUAACAAAAAUACGAAAAGGUCCAAAGAAGAAUACUUAAACUUGUUCAGAGCCAAAGUCUCAGCUUCGAAGGCUUUCAAGUCUGAAUCAUUCCAGAAGUCAGUGACGAAACUUCCAGAAGAGGUCGACUGGAGGGAAAGUGGAGCUGUCACUCCAGUGAAGGAUCAAGGAACCUGCGUCGCCUGCUGGGCAUUUAGUGUGACGGGUGCUAUCGAAGGACGCCUAUUCCUGAAGACGAAGAAGUUGGUUUCUUUGAGCGAACAGCAGUUGGUCGACUGCUCCAAGAACAACGAUGGCUGCAAUGGAGGAGAUGCCACCGAAGCCUAUGAGUACUUGAAGUACGUUGACGGGAUCGAAGCCGAAGAGAUUUAUCCUUACCGAGCUCUGGCUGGUAACUGCAGCACCAGUAGAGGCGCUGAGGUGACAGCAAUAAGUGGGUACCUGACCCUUCCUUCUGGUGACGAAGCUGCUCUCCAAGAAGCAGUUGCUGCCGGCCCAGUCUCGCUCAACCGCACACAACAUGGCAAUGCUUGUAGUGGGCUACGGGGAAGAGAGAUACAAGGAGUUCUGGCUAGUGAAGAGUUCGCUGGGAAUCGACUGGGGCGACUUCGGUUACAUCAAGAUGGCGAGGAACCGGGGAAACAACUGCGCGAUUGCCACCGUGAGUUCGGAAUGAAUGAAAAUUGGAUGGGGGAACUCUCCAAGAAAGAUAAUGUAUUCCUAGAUUAUAAAAUAAACAGACAAUAA